CUUACACUGUGUAUCAUCUUAUAUAUGACCCUUACUUCAGCACUGGCACCUCUCUCUUUCUAUCCUGCGAUCGGACAGUGAGCAGACAUGUCUCACCGCAAAUUCCACGCACCCCGCCACGGGCACAUGGGGUUCCUGCCCCACAAGCGGAGCAAGAAGCACAGAGGCAAGGUGCGCACCUGGCCCAAAGAUGACCCCAGCCAACCCGUCCACCUCACUGCCUUCAUGGGAUACAAGGCCGGCAUGACGCACACGCUGAGGGAGAUGCAUCGCGUCGGCCUCAAGCAAUCAAAGCGAGAGGAAGUAGAGGCGGUCACCGUCAUUGAAACCCCUCCUAUCAUGGUGGUCGGGAUCGUGGGAUACGUUCAAACUAUCCGUGGUUUGCGAUCACUUAAAACCAUCUUUGCCGAGCACCUCAGUGACGAGUGCAAGCGAAGAUUUUAUAGAAACUGGUACAAGAGCAAGAAGAAGGCCUUCACCAAGUACAGUAAGAAGUGGCAGGAUGAGACAGGAAAGAAGCAGCUGGACAAGGAUUUUUCCACGAUGAAGAAAUACUGCUCAGUAAUCAGGGUUAUUGUUCACUCUCAGAUGCGAAUGCUGGCCUUAAAGCAGAAAAAGGCCCACAUCAUGGAGGUGCAGCUGAAUGGGGGGAGCAUCUCGGACAAGGUGGACUGGGCAAAGGAGCGUCUGGAGCAGGCGGUCCCCGUCUCUGCUGUCUUCAGCCAGGAUGAGAUGAUCGACGUUAUUGGAGUCACCAAGGGACAUGGCUUUAAAGGUGUGACAAGCCGCUGGCACACAAAGAAGCUUCCGAGGAAGACUCACAAAGGUCUGAGGAAGGUGGCUUGUAUCGGGGCCUGGCAUCCGGCCCGUGUGUCGUACACGAUAGCUCGUGCUGGGCAGAAGGGCUACAACCACCGCACCGAGCUCAACAAGAAGAUCUAUCGUAUAGGUAAAGGUGUGCACAUCCAGGAUGGAAAGGUGAUCCGGAACAAUGCCUCCACCAUCUACGACACCACCCAGAAGGCCAUCACUCCCAUGGGAGGCUUCCCCCACUACGGUGAGGUCAAUAAUGACUUUGUGAUGGUGAAAGGCUGCGUGGUCGGAGUUAAGAAACGUGUUCUCACCCUCAGAAAGUCUCUGCUCGUGCACACGUCUCGCAAGUCAAAGGAGGCCAUCGAGCUUAAAUUCAUCGACACCACUUCCAAAUUUGGCCACGGCCGCUUCCAGACUGCCCAGGAGAAGAGGGCAUUCAUGGGGCCGCUGAAGAAGGACGUAAAGAAAACACUGCCAGAGCCUCUGACUGAAGAGGUCUGAAAUAAAAAGGGAAUAUCUCAAAUUUUGGGACUUUAAGAUAAUAAAACUGGGUGCAAAUACA